AUGAGGUGCAAGAAACACCCGGCCGAUCAGAGCUGCAGCGUCGGCGUCUGCGCCUCCUGCCUCCGCGAACGCCUCGUCGCCGUCAUCGCCGCGCAAACGCAGGCUCACGCGCUUAAACAUGCGCUACAAGAUUGCCGCAAAUCUGACUCACAGCUGCCGCAGCCUCCGUUGUUUCCCCGCUCUGUUUCGCCCUACAUUUCGCGCCGGAAAUCAGAAAACGCCCCCGCUGCGGCGACGUGUCGGACUCACGGAGAGCACCACCUCUUCUACAGCACUCCCCAAUUAGGGCCUCACCGCUCAAUUACUGUCGAGAUUAAGAAAAAAUCGAGGAAUCGGUUUUCCUCUAUGUUUUGGGGGUUUUUCAGAUCGAAGCCGGAGAGGAAACCAGAUUUCGGUCUCGAUCCGGUUGCCGAUCCUACGGUUUCGGUCAAUUCAAGCUCGGCUUCGCCAGCGUGGUUCCCUAACAUCAUCCGCGGCCGCCGGAAAAAGAAGGUCUCGACGUUCUUAAUCGACGAAUCCGCGUUCCGAACCGGCAAUAAUCGCGGGAGGGGGAUGUCUCCGGCGAGAAACGCUGAUCAAUUCGACGAACAUUGUGACGGCGUAACGAGCGGCUACUCCUCCGACUCGAAAGGCUGGAGGCAGACGCCGCGGAGGACGCAGACGUCGGCGCGGCGGGGGGGAGGCAGAGCGGCGUCGCACGGCAGAAGCCUAUCAAGUCUGACGUUCUGCCUGAGCCCGCUCGUGCGGCCCAGCCCGAACCGCCACUGGAAUCAGAAGGCAGCUCCGCCAGAGGCCGGAGACCCUAGGACGACGCCGAAGGCGCACCUCUCCACAGCGGUGUCGUUUUGCAAAAACCGCUCCCGAAAACUCGCGGAUAUCGGGAGAUACCCAAAUGGUUGA